AAUGGCGGUCAUUCAGGAUUCUGUUUAUUUUUCGACAUGGAAUUCUCUAAAUGAAAUGCAGGGUUUUAUUGUUUCACGAAACAAUAGUUUUCUAUACAACUUCUUAAAGUAUAAAACAAACAUUACAAUUUCACGGACUAAUUUAUAUCGUUUAAAUGAUUUAUGGGUUCGGUCUAUUCAUCAUGAGAACCGCUGAAAUACAUUCUUUUUUACUGUACAAUAUCUUUUAGCGUAAUGUUACGCCAUCUUCUGGAAAACGUUAUACAUUAAAGGUUCUUGUUGUCACAAUGGAUUUGUCAAAGAUUCCGAAUGACAAAAAAUUAUAUCUUUGCAAAUGGUAUUUUCGUGCUGGGUUUGCGUUUUUGCCAUUUCUUUGGGCUGUAAAUGCCAUUUGGUUUGCCACGGAAGCUUUUAUUGCUCCGCAUUACGAAGAACAAAAGCAAAUUAAAAGAUAUGUGAUAUUCUCUGCGAUAGGAGCAGCUAUAUGGUCAACUGCUCUAUUAGCAUGGAUUAUUGUAUUUCAGACACAAAGAACUGAAUGGGGUGAAUUUGCAGAUUCCAUUAGUUACAUAAUUCCUACCGGCAUUCCUUGAUUACUUGAUUCGCUUAAUUACCAAUUACCAACUAAUCAUUAUAUUUUUAAUGUACAAAUAAAUGACAAGACUGUUAUAUUCUCGUCUUAAAUUUGGUUAAAUUAUAAUACUCCAUCAUAUAUAAAAUAUAGCAUUUAUUUUAAUGUA